GCAGGUGUUGUAGAGUUAAGCAUAUGUCUGUUGCACGACUUUACUCAGCGGUGAAGUGUGAUUAGCUGCGGCUGUCAGAGGUUCAGGGCUGGUUGACUGAUUCCAGCUGAAGUUUUACCUCAUCCUUCAGCAGCAGUUAACUUGAUUUUAGAGAGUAUCCUGGGGUUGAAAUCAUGGCCCUAUUUACCAAUGACGUGCAGAGUCUGGGCUCCUAUUACUGCCUGAUCCGACGCAAGUUUAAGAGGAGGCGGAAGAAGCGCUCUGAACGCAAAGGUGCGGCGGGGGCGAGGCUGCUCACAGGUCAAAACAAACCUGACGCCAUGGAUGUGGAUGAGGAGGAAAACAUGAGUUCAAGCAGCACAGACGUUAAGGAAAACCGAAACCUGGACAACGUGUCCUGCAAAGACGGGAUGGGAGUCGGUGAUCAGCUCCCCAAUGGAAGCGGCCAUGGCAGUCGAAAGCGCCCCUUAGAGGAGGGGAACAAUGGGCACGCCCAUUCCAAGUUCCGGGCAAAGAAGCGCAAGAAAACACCAGGGCCGGUGCUGCCCAAAAAUGCUCUGAUGCAGCUAAAUGAGAUCAAACCAGGUCUGCAGUACAAGCUGCUGUCUCAGACUGGGCCGGUCCAUGCACCAGUGUUUGUCAUGACUGUGGAGGUUAAUGGGCAGAUGUUUGAGGGCAUGGGUCCGACCAAGAAGAAGGCUAAGCUGAAUGCAGCCGAGAAAGCGCUGCGUUCAUUUGUUCAGUUCCCCAAUGCAUCUGAGGCCCACCUGGCCAUGGGUCGUACACUGACGGUGAAUACUGACUUUACAUCAGAUCAAGCAGACUUCCCUGACAUGCUCUUUAAUGGCUUUGAGACACCCGCCGCGCCUGAAGAAUCCUUCUAUCUAGGCUCCAACGGUACAAACUCACUAGGGGAGUAUCCGUUACCCACACCACCUGGCAGCAACCUUGCCCAGGCUCCUUUACCCCCUCCAUCUGUAUUCAGCUCACCCUCCACUGGCAAAAAUCCAGUCAUGAUCCUCAAUGAGCUCAGGCCAGGCCUCAAGUAUGACUUUGUCUCAGAGAGUGGUGAAAGUCAUGCCAAGAAUUUUGUGAUGUCAGUAACAGUGGACUCACAGACGUUUGAAGGCUCAGGGCGGAACAAAAAGUUGGCGAAAGCCCGGGCAGCACAGGCCGCCCUCUCUGCUCUCUUCAACAUGCAACUAGACCAGACACCGUCCAGGCAACCCAUACCAAGAGAGGGGUUGCAACUUCACCUUCCCCAGGUUCUGGCUGACGCUGUGUCUCGCCUGGUGGUGGACAAGUUCAGUGAGCUGACAGACAACUUCACCUCCCCCCAUGCACGACGAAAAGUCCUGGCAGGAGUCGUCAUGACAACAGGGACUGAUGUGAAGGAAGCACAGGUCAUCUGUGUCUCCACUGGAACCAAGUGCAUCAACGGUGAGUACAUGAGCGACCGUGGCCUGGCACUUAACGACUGCCAUGCGGAGAUAAUCGCCCGGCGCUCGCUCAUCAGGUACCUCUACACCCAGCUGGAGUUCUUCCUCAGCAACAUUAAAGAUGACCAUCACAAGUCUAUAUUUGUGCCAUGUGACAAGGGAGGCUACAAAUUAAAGGACAACGUUCAGUUCCACCUGUACAUCAGCACCUCACCAUGCGGAGACGCAAGGAUUUUCUCUCCGCAUGAAGCCGGAGUGGAAGAUCAGGGAGACCGACACCCAAACCGCAAAGCAAGAGGUCAGCUCAGGACCAAAAUUGAGUCAGGGGAGGGCACCAUUCCUGUACGAUCCAGUAACACCAUCCAGACCUGGGAUGGUGUGCUUCAAGGAGAGAGGUUGCUCACCAUGUCCUGCAGCGACAAGAUUGCGAGGUGGAAUGUGGUGGGCAUUCAAGGCUCUUUAAUGAGCUACUUCACUGAGCCCAUCUAUUUCUCCAGCAUCAUCCUGGGCAGCCUUUACCAUGCUGACCACCUCUCCAGGGCCAUGUACCAGCGCAUUGCAGAUAUCGAGGACCUGCCCCAGCAGUUCACCCUCAACAGGCCUCUUCUCAGUGGGAUAAGCAAUGCUGAGGCCAGGCAGCCGGGCAAGGCACCAAACUUUAGUGUGAACUGGACAGUCGGCGAUCAGGCGCUGGAGGUGAUCAAUGCAACCACGGGGAAGGACGACAUGGGCCGCCCUUCAAGACUCUGCAAACACGCCCUUUACAGCCGCUGGGUGCGCCUCCACUCCAAGUUGUCAUCCGUCCUACGGAUCAAGGUACUCAAGCCCAGCUCGUACCAUGAGGCCAAGCAGGCGGCCAUGGAGUACCACUCUGCUAAGAAGGCUCUCAUCAAGGCCUUCCAUAAGGCCGGCCUGGGAGCCUGGGUCAAAAAGCCCAUCGAGCAAGACCAGUUCACCCUUAGCUCCUGAUUGAGUCCAGGGACCAUAUGGGGGGGGCAGGGAGUUCCCAAUGCACCAGCUCCUCCCUCCUUCCUUGACCCAGGCCAGAAAGCUUAGAGAGUCCCUCGGUAUCAACCAGGCAUUUAAUUUCCAUCCCCAUGUGCCAGCUACUACGCAUGUGCACUUUUCACCUGCGUGAUUUCACAAACUCUCCAUAGCUCAUCAUUCCUCAGAGGACCUCAUGUUGUUUCUCAUUUGUAAUAAACCUAUUAUUUGCUUUUACUUGUUUUCUGUUUUUUUAACUGGAACCAUUGUUCUUUUUUUUUUCAUCAUCUAGUUGUUUUCAGUACAAAAUCAUUUACCUUAUGCUGUAGACGUGGAAAAAUUGGCAAGAUGAGUGUAGCCAUUUUAGGGUGAGAUGUAGCCUAGAAGGAUGGCUAGAUUUUUAUUUUUUUUUUGUUGACUAAAACCAAUGUUUAUGGACCUAAAGAAAUAUACAUGCUGACCUUUAAUUUAAUAAUGCAUAAAUCCUCAAGAUGUAAAUCUAGUUCAGAAAAGGUGAAAAUAUUGUAGGUUUAACAUAUAACUGGUUUUAUUCAGAUGCCUUUUUAACUCCUUUUAUUAAAGGUGAAAAUGAAACAAUGUCGCCCCGUUUGAUUGACUCGAUAAAAUAAGGAUCCCAACAGGAGUGACACACUCAUGGUCCUUUUUAGCAGUUUUGUUUUUAUAUUCAUUUGUUUGUUCAUUCAUUUUGUCCUCUUAACACAUUCCCCAUCACUGUCACUUCAUACUUGAACAUCUGGGUGGGUCAUGUUGGAUUCCUCCCCAUUGGCUGGGUCCCGAGAUGAAGCUUUAGGAGAUGCUGCUCAUCCUAUAUAUAUUUUUUUUUACUUAUUUUUCCUUUUCUUCUUCUUGAAUCCAUGGCUUUGCAUGGAAACUGAACUGAGAGGCUUGCCGAGCUGAAAACUAGCAAAGGGAAACUCUAUGCGUCUAUGAUUUUGAAUGAAUGCCAGCAACUUUCUCCACAGGCAGCUUUGAAUCUUUCUCUGUUUUCUAACUUUUUUGUGAUUGAUUGAAUGAUUUUUUGGGGGGGCGGGGCUAAGAGAGGAGGGUUUUUUUUCUUUUCUUUACUUUCUGUGUUCCCUUAUCCAAAAAUAAUGAUUGGAAAUGAAACUUCUAAGAGAACAAAGGCAGCAGAAGGAAACUUGUCAGACCCUGUUUUUACACCAUGCAGCUGUCAGAUCAGAUAACAGUAGAUGUCCUGUAGCACACGUAUGGUACAGUAUAUGAUGCUAGAUUCAAAGUAUGCCACAUUAAGCCCAUCUGUGGUGGCUGUGAUGCAAACAUGUCCCAAUCUCCACACUGUUGACCUUGGAAGCACCUUCGAAGACCGCGCAUGAACAGACUCGGAAGCCGUAUGCUGAAACCCGAUGCCAAUAGUUUCCAACCAAAUGUACAGUUUCACAGUUUGAUGUUCAGCCUCCUGUAUUAACACCCCUCUGUGUACAAACUGUUCACCGUCAGUAAGUACUCUCCCAUAUCUUAAACCAGUCAGUGAAGAUGCAUUUCUAAGAAACUUCAAUUAAUUCCUGUUUCCAGCUGUAGGGGAAAAAAAUGUUUGCGUGUGAAAUUUGUGUGUGCUCAGGUGUCUUUCAGCAUACUCAGUUAAAUUUUCACCAAAGAUGUAGAUUUUCACCUGUUCCUCCCCAGUGUUUUCUUAACACCCGUUUUCUAAUAGCUUGGCAUAAUUUUACCAUCAGCCCUUUACUGGCAACUUUUUUUUUUCUAACUCUGCACAAUGUAUUUGUGUUUUGUGCAAAAAAAAAAAAAAGUAAGAAAAAAAAGUCUAUGACCAUACUGGGCAGAAAAGUCAGGCUUCUUUAGUGCAAAUGUAGCUGUCUGCAGCCACCGUGCAUUUUGUGACCUGCAAUCAUAACUGUUGCAAUAUACUUGUUAUAUAAAAGGAACAGAAAAUGUGACAAGUUUUUCCUCUGUGGAAACCUUUCAAAAUCUCCCCUUUGUCGGUGGGAAUGUGAAGAUGUUACUGUUCCUAUAUAUGAGUUUGUGACUUGCUGGCUACAGCCGGCAAACGGCGCGGCACCAACUCUUCCAGAGUCGACGUGAUUCAUCCCCAUUGUAGCAAGACAGAUGCAGCAGAGAGAAAAAGCAGCACUGUUACAUUUCUACUCCACCAGCUGGCACUUUUAAUGUAAUUUACAGUUGUUCAAGUCUGCUUGUUUGAUAUAAUCUUUUUAGCCAUUAUUAGAAAAAAAAAACUCGCUGUGUUCAAAAUGUUAACUCACUCACUCUCUUUAUUGUAUUAACUUCAUACAUAUAUAAAACUAAACAGUGGAAAGGUGUAGCCAACUUAUUUUGCACUGCAGGCUCUGAAUGCAAAGUAUGUUUUAUUCUCUGUUAAAUAUUGCAUUAAAAAAAACACCAGCAGGAAUUAUCUUAAUAUAACCCCUUUAAAUUUGGAGGGCAUUUUGACAAAAUGAUUAAAAAAAAUAAUCUUUGAUUAAUUAUGAUGAUGAAUUAAAGUAUUAUUUUGCCAAAAUUUUAUAUUCAGUGAAAGAAGUCACAAACAUUAGCUGUGGACAACAGUAUUAGUAAAACAUUAGCAUGCCAACUUUAGUUUUAUUAUGCUUGAUUGAUCAAAAUGCAAUAUAUUUUUCUGAUAUACACAAUUUCUACUGUGCAGUAAUGUAUGUGUUGCGUAUAAAGUGGCUGUGAAUGCUUAUAGGAGCAUGCUAACAUUAACAUUAAGUUCAAAUGCUUUUUUUAAAUUCAAUUACAAGUGUGCUAAGUAUUUGUCAGCAUGUUGGAUAUUAGAAAAAUUAGAAAAUCUUAAGGUGUUUUUGUUACAGAACUAAACCACUGUACAAACACGGACCUUAAAGUGUAACUCACCCGCCAAAAAAGUCUUUUUAUUUUAAGAUGCAGAGCCCCAUCUUCAAAAGGUUUGCAUGAGUUUAAACUUGCAAAUUUGUUUGCACACAAGUUGCAGAAUGAUUGGCAUGUACAAUGUAAGUGGAUGAAAUGUUUUCUUUUUUCCCAUGUGUGCCUUCAAGAUUAUACAGAUUAAAUUCUAAAAAACAAACUACAUAAACAUGUAGGUGGAGUAUAUGCAAUUAAAAUACUUGUCACCUUCAAAGGGAUUCAUCAAACA